AACAAGCACAAAACUGUGUGUCUGUAAGAUGCGUAUCAGUGUUUUCUCUUCCAGAGUUUCAAUGGGAAUAGUGAUCAUAGGGAGCUUCAGCUUUCUUCUGUUAUUUUUUAAGUAAUUCAAUUUUUUUUGCCUUUCUGUUGGUUAUGUUAGAAGAUGAAAUGCUAAUGAAUCAUCAGCAGAUUUUACAAGAGGGUUCUUUGCAUCUUUUGUGGAAAGAAAAUAACUGAUAGUUUCAAGCCUUCUAAUGCCUUGGUUUCUAGGGGGAAAAAAAAAGUAAGAAGGUUUAUUUCUCUUGUCAGUCCUUAAAUGGAGAACUUAUCUCCCAAAUUCUGAUGCUUCUUGGUGCCUUGCUACGUGUGUGUGUUAGGUGUUUAAAAUGAAGACAGCUUUAUUACCUUGAUCAUAGGAUGAGGUAUGGGUGUAAUUGUUGUUAUCUGAUGGAAUAAUUAACAACUUGUAUUUAGAGAGAAAUGGGUCUCACUCUCCUCUGGCACCCUUACUACCAACUUGUAAAGAAGAUCCCUGGGUGAUUUCUCUGAUGGUGAUUUGCUCUGCAGCCAGCAGCUCCUUCCAGUGUGUUUCUGACCACCUGCAGCUGCAAACUGAAUUUUAAUUGACUUAUAAGUGUAGCUAAUUACGGAGGCUGUUUUAGUAUUGUGAAUUUUGUUUUAAAUUAAACAUGAGAUCGGGUCUAUUUGUCACUUUUAUUUCAUACUAGUGCAACACAGAGAAAUGGAAUUGUGUUGCAGCCCUUAGCUGGUGUUAUAUGUUAAAUCCCCACCUGUUUUAAUGUAUAAAUAGUCUGAUUUUUUCUCAAUGGCCUGCAGUGCUUCAGAGGAACAAAAGACAAGUUGGAGGGGUUUUUUAACGUGCACAAACAAGGUAGAUUUGUCUUUUUGAAUUUUAAGAGCUUGAAGGAGAGGGGUGAUUUAAUUCAGAGGAGAGACGCGGAGGAGGUUUUGAUGCAGACCCUUUAUUUUCCUUUUGUCACGUUGAACUUAAAUAUGUGUUUUCCCCGUUUUCUUGUUUUAUCAGACUUCUCCCUCUAUCAUUUAUAGACCAAAUCAAUUUGGUGGAGAGGGUCACUGCCUCAAGCAGCUGGAGCCUGAGAGUUGUGGUGUGGGCCAGUGAGAGGCGGUGAUAUUGUAGGGACCUCAGAGGAUGAGACACUUGGAAGAAGAUGAUGUGAAGAACGUGGUCACACGUUCAGGAGGCUGAGAGGAAGAAAUUAGCUGCUGGAGUGGAUAGGUUCAUGUUGAGCAAGUGGGAAGAGAGGUGACCUGAGAAGAGCUUGAAGUGUAAUUAACCUCUCUCUUUGCCCACUCAGGUGGAGGACAGAGGAGUGAGAAACACUUGCUUAUACAGUAAUUAGGACUAAACUUAAAAUGGGAACUGCAUCUCCAAGCAGGUUUGUAGCCCAGCCCGUGGUAGCUCUCAAGGAGGAUGUUAACCUCUCCUCUUGGGACUCACUUGGAGUGCUUGAUACCGCCUGUAUUUUGUGGUAGAAACAGACUUUCAGCUACUUACCUGAUACUUGGUGAGAUAAUAGUUGCAACAGACUGUCCUGCUCCUGCUUUUAGAGCUUGGGCACUGUCCCUUUAGGAAGGGGACAGUGUGACACACGCUGGAUGCAGUACAGGAGAACUGUCCUUGAAGAUCUAAGAGAUCUUUUCCAGCUCAUUGUUGCUUUGAUGGAUGUGCCCUAAGAAUAUAGAUAGGUGGAUUCAUUAUGCACAAUUUGAGUAAAGAGUGAGUUUGUGUUUGGCUGAGCUCCUCUAUUUAUUAUACGACUAAAUAAAUUGAAGCCAUUUUUCCUGGUUUGGAAAUAAAUAAUCUUAGCUGCCCCAGCCCGAUGUAUGAUUUCCAUUUCUAACUCGCCAGGAGAACAUAAAUAUUGGGCUUAUAUAUUACCUGAUUAUCAACUUUCAGCCAAAAUGCACCAGAGCCAGGGUUCCUUGAAACAAUCUGUGUGUUUGAGGGAUGGGAAUGCAGAGGAGGAGACGGCAGCGGUGACUCAGUCCCUCAAUGAGGUUAGAAACCUUCUUGCUGCAACGAGAGCCUGUUCUUGCCAAGGGAUCUCAGGAAAUGCACCGACUCUGCCUUCUAGGCAAGCUGGGGUAAUUAACUUAAGUGUGGGAUGAAGCUUUUUGCAGACACACGUGAUGUUCCUUUGGAGCAUAAUAAAUCAUUUUCAUAUUUAAAAGCUGGAGGAAGACCCGGAGCCGUAAAAACGCCCUUUCGUAACAAUCUCGCUGGCGCUGAAAAGGAGUGGUCAGUGAGCUCAGUACUUAAAGGAUUAAGCUAAGAGCCCCUGCUAUUAUUGCUGCAGGGAACCCCAAUCUAUAUGCAAGCCUCUUCCAACACUGGAUGAGUAAAUCACAUUAGCUGGUUUAUGCCCCGUUAUUAUAAAGUGGAUUCUCCUUUGCGAUACUUUAUGGCACCCCAAGCAGGGAGGUGGACUUUUUCCCCUUGCCCAGCUUUAAUAUUCCCCCCAUUCUUGUCCUCUCAAGAGAAGGGACAGAAAGGAGCUUUUGGCAGCCCCUGGCUGGGGUGCUUUCUCAGCAGAAUGUCCUUAAUUAGGCUUUGGAGAGGUUGCUGCAGAUGAAGUCCCCAGGGUUUUUGUCUGUGUGUCUUCUCGUGUAGUGCUAGCGUAGGAAGCGAUUGUCAUUCCUUAAUAGCAGGUAGGCCAAGAAAAUAUGGUUACUGUGGAUUUUUUGGAGGGGAUGGUGGUGCUUUUCUCUGCAUUUCUUGCCUUUGAAGCUCUGUGUGAGUUCACUAUAGUCAACUCGUGUAAAAAAACUCCUACACACCACAUAGAAAAUAAGUGCCUUUGCUGAUAUUGGAGGUUUUUUCUUAAAGCACCUUUCUCUCCCAUUCCCUUGGUGUUAGGGGCCACGGGAUGGGUGCUGUGGUGUCUAAAGGUGGGGUGUCUUCUGCUGAGGACCUCACAGCUAACGAGGAUGUUGCUGUUGGAUAGUGAAUGAGGGGUUUUUGCCCCCCGAGUGGUGCUUUUCUCAUCCUCUGGAGCUGAAUGCGGUGUCUGGGGAAAGCUGGUGGUUUAAUUACACAGCUUCAGAGAACACAGGAGAGAAAGGGGUCAGAGAGUAUUGUGGUGGUCAAAAGGAGUUUUCAAGUGAGAUUUCCAAAAAGAAUUGAAGAACUGUUCAGGCAAGGACACAAAGGCACUUUCCAGGCAUCGGGAGCGGCGGAGGAGAAGCUUCAGCAUUAAUGAGAUUUUUUUGGAUUGGAUGUGAAAGGCGAGAACUAAAGAGGAAGGCCAUAGGUCUCAGACACCAGCAGGUCCCCAGAGGGUGUGGAGAAAAGGAAGAUAUGAACCUUAAUGCCAGGUUUUGUCUAUUAAAGACCUGUCUGAACCCUUCGGUCUCCUUUCCACUCCAGUUGUGAGUUAUUUGUGCCAAAAUGAGUCUGCAGGAGUGAGUCAGCAUCUUCCUUCAGACCUUCAAUAGCUGCUUCAGGGGAAGCCAUGUUACUGAAGACCCCCUUGUCUUCUGGAAGCAGAAACACAGUGAAGAGAUGAAUCCAUUCAGCCAGACCUUCCUCCAGUAGAUUCCUCUCGCCAUGGAGCACCACGGCGGGGAGGAGAUGGACUCCAAAGAGGAAAGUCCUCAGGUGUGGGCUGACUCUGCUGAGCAGGAACAGAACACUGCUCAGGUGCACUUUGUCCCCGAGGGGGGCACGGUGGCACAGAUCGUCUACAGCGACGAGCAGGACCGGCCCUCGCAGCAGGUGGUCUACACAGCAGAUGGCACCUCCUACACCUCCGUGGACACCUCGGAGCACACCCUGGUUUACAUCCACCCCGUGGAAGCUACGCAGACUCUGUUUACAGAUCCCUCCCAAGUGGCUUACGUCCAACAGGAUGCCACCACCCAGCAGGUAACUGUGCUCUUGCCUGCUGCUGCUCAGAGCAUGAAUCCCACCAACCUCUCCGUGCUCGGCAACGUUGCCGAAUCCCCCCAGCAAAUGGCUCUGGAGCAGCAGGGUCCACAAGCAGAUAGAGCAUCGUUACCGGUGCAUAACCAGGUGUUACCUCCUAUGGAGGCAGUGGAUGGUUCUGACCCUUUAGCACCUCUGCAGAACCAAAUGGAAAGGAUGGAAACAAAAGAGGAAGAUGACGAGGACGAAGACGAGGAUGAAGAUGGGGAAGACACUGACAUGGAUGAGUGGGAUCCGGAUCCACCUCGACCCUUUGAUCCCAAUGAUUUGUGGUGUGAAGAGUGUAAUAACGCCCAUCCCUCUGUCUGCCCCAAACAUGGACCUUUGCAUCCAAUCCCAAACCGGCCCGUGCUGACCAGGGCCAGAGCCAGCCUCCCCUUGGUGCUCUACAUAGACAGGUUCUUGGGAGGUGUCUUCUCCAAAAGGCGUAUCCCCAAACGCACGCAGUUUGGACCUGUGGAAGGACCCCUGGUCAGACAAACUGAACUCAAAGACUGCUAUAUCCAUUUGAAGGUGUCUCUGGAUAAGGGUGACCGAAAAGACAGAGAUUUGCAAGAGGACCUGUGGUUUGAACUUUCUAGUGAGGCUCUUUGCAACUGGAUGAUGUUUGUGCGUCCAGCUCAAAACCACUUGGAGCAGAACCUGGUGGCCUAUCAGUAUGGUCACCACAUUUACUACACAACCAUUAAAAAUGUGGAGCCCAAGCAGGAGCUCAAGGUGUGGUACGCUGCCUCCUACGCAGAGUUUGUGAACCAGAAGAUCCAUGACAUAUCUGAGGAGGAAAGGAAGGUUCUCAGAGAGCAAGAGAAGAACUGGCCCUGCUACGAGUGCAACCGUCGCUUCAUGAGCUCUGAGCAGCUCCAGCAGCACCUCAACUCCCACGAUGAGAAGCUGGACUUCUUCAGCAGAGCCAGAGGCCGAGGUCGUGGGCGAGGAAAGAGGAGGUUUGGACCAGGCAGACGCCCGGGGCGCCCUCCCAAAUUCAUGCGUAUGGAAGUAACCAGUGAAAAUGGGGAAAAGGGUGAAGAAGGGACACAGGACUUGCUGCAUUUUUCCAGCAAGGGGCAGUUUGAUGAGGCCGGACAAGGCGCGCUGAACGGUUUGGAGCAGCAGGAAGAGACUCCGGUGCCAUCGGAGCCGCAGUCGGCACUGGAGCAGCAGCAGCAGCAGCAGGAGGAGGAAAACCACCCGCUCCAAAUCCAACCACAGCACGAGGAGAGCAGCACGGUGCCCACGCAGAGCACCAUGACAGCAGAUGACAUGAGGAGAGCCAAGAGGAUCAGGCUGGAGCUGCAGAAUGCAGCCCUUCAGCACCUCUUCAUCCGGAAAUCCUUUCGCCCCUUCAAAUGCCUCCAGUGUGGGAAGGCUUUCCGUGAGAAGGACAAGCUGGAUCAGCACCUGAGGUUCCACGGAAGGGAAGGGAACUGCCCUUUGACUUGUGACAUCUGCAACAAGGGCUUCAUCAACAGCGGCGCUCUGGAGAGCCACAUGAAGUUCCACAUGGACCAGAAAACCUACUCUUGCAUUUUCUGUCCCGAAUCCUUCGACCGCUUGGAUCUGCUGAAAGAUCACGUGGCCAUCCACGUCAACGAUGGCUAUUUCACCUGCCCCACCUGCAAAAAACGCUUUCCAGAUUUUAUCCAGGUGAAGAAGCACGUGCGCAGCUUCCACUCGGAGAAGAUCUACCAGUGCACAGAAUGUGACAAGGCUUUCUGCCGCCCCGACAAGCUGCGGCUCCACAUGUUGAGACACUCGGACCGCAAGGACUUCCUCUGCUCCACGUGUGGGAAGCAGUUCAAGAGGAAAGACAAGCUGCGAGAGCACAUGCAGAGGAUGCACAACCCGGAGAGGGAGGCCAAGAAAGCCGACCGCAUCAGCCGCUCGAAAACCUUCAAGCCUCGGAUCGCUUCCACGGACUACGAAAGCUUCAUGUUCAAGUGCAGGCUCUGCAUGAUGGGUUUCCGACGGAGGGGGAUGUUGGUGAAUCAUUUAUCAAAGAGACAUCCAGACAUGAAAAUAGAAGAGGUGCCGGAGCUCACGUUGCCCAUCAUCAAACCCAACAGAGAUUAUUUCUGUCAGUACUGUGAUAAGGUAUACAAGAGCGCCAGCAAACGCAAAGCUCACAUCCUGAAGAACCAUCCUGGUGCUGAGCUACCUCCCAGCAUCCGAAAACUGCGCCCCGCGGGUCCUGGAGAACCAGAUCCCAUGUUGAGCACCCACACCCAGCUGACGGGCACCAUCGCCACCCCGCCGGUCUGCUGUCCUCACUGCUCCAAGCAGUACAGCAGUAAGACCAAGAUGGUCCAACACAUUCGCAAGAAGCACCCGGAGUUUGCUCAGCUCCCCAACACCAUCCACGCCCCGCUGGCCACCGCUGUCAUCAGUUCCACUCCUGCUGUGCUCACCACCGACAGCACCACCGGGGAGACCGUCGUGACAACAGACUUACUGACACAAGCGAUGACGGAGAUAUCCCAGACCCUCACGACGGACUAUCGGACCCCCCAGGGGGAUUACCAGCGAAUCCAGUACAUCCCAGUGUCUCAGGCCACCACUGGCUUGCAGCAGCCCCAGCACAUACAGCUGCAGGUGGUUCAAGUGGCCCAGGCUACCUCACCUCACCAGUCCCAGCACUCCACGGUGGACGUUGGGCAGCUCCAUGACCCCCAGACGUACACACAGCACGCUAUCCAGGUGCAGCACAUCCAGGUCACAGAGCCAUCCUCUGCAGCUCAGGCACCAUCCCAGGUUGGGGGUCAGCCUUUGAGUCCUUCCUCCCAACAGUCUCAGCAGGAGCUGAGCCCCUCGCAGAUGCAGACGACGCCAGCGACGCCAAACCCAGCCCUGCAGCAGCAGCAGGGCUCUUCCGUGCAGCACACCUAUCUCCCCAGCACCUGGAACUCAUUCCGGAGCUACUCGUCUGAGAUUCAGAUGAUGACCAUUCCCCAAGGCCAGUACGUGAUCACAGAGACGGCUGUGGGUACGCCCGUCACCACCGUCAACACCGGGCAAGUGAAAGCAGUUACUCAGACUCACUACGUGAUAUCUGAAGGUCAGCCCGACCUGGAUGUCAAACAGAACUCUUCCCUCCCCAGCGAGGUGCAGGUUGGUGUUUCCCAACCCCAGGCCCACACGGAUUCCUUGGAAUCCCAAACCAGUAGCCAGCAGCCCACCACCCAGUACAUCAUCACCACCACCACCAACGGCAGCGGCGGCAGCGAGGUGCACAUCGCCAAACCCAGGACUUUCUCAGCAGAACACGAGUGAGAAAUGGCCUCGAGGUGCCACUUUGCUUCUACUUGUCACCUCCCCCCAACGCCCAGACACACGGAGCUCAAUCUGUUUUAAAAGUCCACCCUCCCUUCAACUAAAAUCUUGGAGCUCAUUAAUGCUUUAAGAGGGUUUAAGUCCCCGGUGACUGUGAAGAACCCGCCCUCCAAAAUCCUUCUGGGAUGCUAUUUUAUGCAGCUUUUAACAAAAAAAAAGGACAAGAGGAGAAGUGAAACCUCUGCUUGCUCUAGACUUUAUUUUUGGCAUGUCUGCUGACCCUUUUUUUUUUUUUUUUUCCCUUUUUGGAAGUGUCUCCAGUAAACAACUUUAUAUUUCAAUUGUAUGGGGAAAAGCUUGCCUAACUGCAGGUUAACCGGCAGGUUGUUGUAUGUAUAUUUUUAAUAGGAGGACAGGUGUUAAAUUGCCAGAAUAUGGCAGAACUGAACCCCUGUGUCUUUAUUUCAGCAGCCAAGGGGAAAGGGAAGGUGCCAGCUCACCCCCAGCAGACUGCCUGGAGAAAAAGAGCAGCAGCAGCAGUAAAACCGGCAGCUCCUCGCGUACGUUUGCGGGGGACGGAUGUAACAAUGAAGCUGUGAAGAUGUGCCGAAAGCAGUCCAUUAAAUUAUUAUUAUUAUUGUUAAUCUUAUUUUUCCAACCCUCCAGAACUGUUUACACGCCGCCUGCCCUGCCCUACUUUACCGGGCAGUGCCAGGAAGAAGGAAAAGUGCAGUCUUAAACCCGCCUCGUGCGGAACAAACCGAUGGGAAUCACAGUAUGUAAAGGGGGUAGGACAGAGCCACUCUUAGCUCCUUUUUUUUUUUAUUUUUUUUUAUUUUCCCCUUCAGCAUUUGCAGGGAAAAUUGCCUUUUUUGCCUGUAAACAAACAAAAAAAAGGCUGAGUUUAGCCUGCAAAAAGCAGCUUUUGCUGUGACCUAAAGGUAGUCGUGCCAGGAGAAAAUGAGAGUAGAGGAGCAGGGUAGUCAUCUCUGGUGCCACCUCAAAGUGGACGUAUUUUUUUUCCCUUGAAGACUGGAUGGAGAGUUGGUUCCUCCAAUUUUCUUUUUUUUCCCUAACUAUGUGCUGUCAUUCCUUUGGACAGGUCCAUAAAAUGACCAGCCCUGGGCUCAGGAAACAGAGAAGAAACAUGUUAGUGGACCAUGUUAGAGCCAUCUGGGAGGGUUGGUAGACCUGGUCUGUGUACAGAAUCCAUGUUACAUUUAGGGACCAGGAGAAAGGGAAAGAGAAGGUUUAUUUUCUAAGGCAGUGUAAUAUUUUUUUUUCCUUAGAUAAUUCUUCUUCACAGGUCUUAUUGGUUGGUAAUUGAAUGCCUUCUGGUAUUUGCAAGACCACGAUAACAACUCCACUGUCUCCUGGUGGGAUAUACCAUGUAUGUUUAAACCUCCAUUCCCUCCCAAAAACCCAUCCCACAAUAUCUGUGCAUUAAUAGGAUAUAUUUAUUUAUAAAACAAAAGCAAAGAAGGAUGUUUUGUCUUCAUGGCCCUUGAGACUGAAGAACUGAGAGAGAUUUUUUUUUGAUGAGUUUUCUCUCGUGUUGCACUGAGGUGGAAUGUGGGACUUGUGCUUUUGCACGAAUAUCUCACAGAUUUAGGUGAGAAUUCCCCGUGUGAGUGAGCACUGUGGAUGUUCACAGGUUGUGGUUUCUCUUAGACGUGAGAGAACUUCACCAAGGAAAUGUCGGGUUCCUUGUGGGCUAAGCAGGUAUUGCUUUGGUAAUUAACAUACACAUUAAUACAGUGUGGAAAUGGUGACCAUGUGUGAUGAGAUAAAUCACAUGGAAAAUACCUGGGUAGCUUUGAUGUGACUUGCCAAAAUAUGGAUUAAUUUGUUCCUGGGAUUUUGCUUCUCUUGCCAUACCACUGUACCAGGGCGCUAACGAGAUGGGUGAAGUUAAUGAGGACCAGAGCUUCCAUUUAGUCAAGUGUGGUGAUGAGUGUCUUUUAAAUUCAGCAGAUUUAGGAGCCUGUGGACUUCAGCAGCGUGGCCAGGAGUCCACAAUUCCCACUAAUUAAUUUGGAGCUGUGUGGCUGAAGGCUUGGGAACUAGGACGCUGGGCGUUAUGAUGAUGUUGGUGUGGGAGAAGAGAAGGCAGGUUUUUUUGUCUUGGCUUUCCUCGGGCUGGUAGAUGAUUUAAUAAUGAGUCAAAAAAAAAACCAAAACCGGUAUGAGCAAUAGGAAAUGGGAUAUUCCAGGUGGAUACUGCGCUACAGGAGCAAUUUUAAAGUCUUAAAAUGUCUGUAGUCUUUAUAGAUGAGCUUUUUUUUUGCCCUUAAUGAUACUGCAGAAGUGGGUUUUAAAAAAUACUUUGCUCUCUUCAGCUUUGUUGGAAAGGCUCACAGAGUGAGGAUGCUGGUACUAGUUAUUUAAAGACGAGAACUGCAAGAUGCUCCAGAAAACAAUUUAAAAACAGCCACUUUGAACUCAGAUCUUCCUUAUCAAAGAUUCUACUGUCUCAGUCCUACGUUCAGUGAUUCUCCAUGUCCCAAGCUCAAUAAAUAUGAGAGAAAUGUUCCUGGAAAGUGGAAAUAUCAUGAAUUUGCCUUCCCUGUAGUAAGGAACUACAGCCAUAGCACAGAUGGCGGGGGCCUGCUUUUAGAACCGUGACAGGAAAAAAAAAAAGACAAAAAACGAGUUCACAUGGAUUUUUUUUUUCUUCCAAUUUCUGCAGUGCAGAAGGUAUGAAAUACAUAAUUGUUAUUUUGGACCCAGAGCAACCCAAAGAUCUACCUGAAGUCACAUCCCACAGGAGCUUAACUCUGGAGUGAAGGGCCACGUUUUGCUCAAAGACGGACUAAUGUUGUUCCUUGUAGGUGUUUUUGGGUCCGAUUCUGGAUUUUCCUGGAGAGAAAAAAAAACAAAACGCAACCACCAAACCCCAAGCAACCCUCCGUUUUGCACCUCUCAGCCUGCUCUGCCCCUUCUCUUAUUUAACUGUGUAUGUUUGUUGUACAUUCGGUGACUGUUAUUGUGUUCAUAGUCUUGUGCAACCUGGCAGGUGUAAAAAAAAA